UACGUCAGCGUCGCAGGUAGACAUGAUCACUGACGAGAUUUUAUGGUCCCCGUUGUGAAAGGAAGAACAGUGGAGUACAGUGAGGAAUAUUGGAUGCGACAGAACCAGAGCGAGGAGUGAAUGUCUCUGAAGGAUGCUGGGCUCCCUUCUGUGCCUACUCUCUCUGGGCGGUUGGUGCUUGGAGACGGCACGUGACAGUCACCGGACGGGUAACGGCUUCUCCAAGAGGAUGAUGCGAACCUUGGGACUCGCGAGUCACUGGGAACCGGAUAUGGAGCGUAAUGUGAGUGAACUGAUAGCUAGCAAGGGCUACCCCGUUGAAGAAUACACCAUCAUGACGAGGGACGGCUACAUUUUCGGCAUCCAAAGGAUUCCGUACGGUCGCUGGGGCCCUUCGACGUACCGUCGGUCAGGCUCCUGGACCGGUGUGCGCAUGCCCGUACUUCUCCUACACGGCAUCCUGCAGUCCUCAGUUGACUUCGUCAUCAACAUGCCGGACCAAAGCCUAGGUUUCAUGCUCGCCGACGAGGGCUAUGAUGUCUGGUUAGCCAACACACGAGGAAACACGUAUGGGAAACGGCAUGCUUGGCUCGACCCCGACUCCGAGGAAUUUUGGGAUUUCAGUUUCGACGAGAUUGCAUUGUACGACACUCCAGCCACCAUAGACUUCAUACUAUUGAAGACUGGGAUGCCGUGGCUGUACACGGUAGGAUUUUCUCAAGGAAAUCGAGUUCUCUUCGCACUCAUCUCGGAGAAACCGCAUUAUAACGAUAAGAUAAAAGUAAUCGUGGCCAUGGCGCCCUAUGUUACUGCUGGCUACAUGCUGGCACCCUUGCGAAAAAUGUACACAUUUGCGGACUUCACCAAGGGCAUUACGGAUAAAAUAGGUAAAUAUGAGUACCUGCCAAAUAACCACUGGUGGAAACUGGCAGCCAAAGUGAUAUGUCCACGCAUAAAAGGGUACGCCUGCGCGAAGUUCAUUAUGACCAUCUUUGGGGGAAAUCCGUUACAUAUGAACAUGACAAGGUUUCCGGUAUACUUCAUGCAUAUACCAGCGGGGACGUCCGUAAAAAACAUGGCGCACUACGGUCAGCUGGUUAAAUCGAUCACGUUCUCGAAGUACGACUACGACCGUGAGGAAAACCUGCGACGGUACGGACAAGAGACCCCGCCGGAAUACGACUUGAGCAAGACUAAAGUUCCUGUUGCUGCACUAUGGAGUUUGACAGAUCGGCUGUCCAAUCCAGUAGACGUGCGGCUUAUGCGACGAAACACGCCGCACAUGAUUAUGGACUACCGGGUCCCAAAGCUUCGAUGGUCCCAUUUGGAUUUUGUGUGGUCACCUGACGCUUGCCACGUAGUGUACCCAGAAGUCAUGAAGAUACUCAACAAAAUGGACGCGCAGUACCCAGUUGUGUAUGACUACACGUAUGGAUUUCUGUGACAGAUGUCGAACUGUACCCACCUUGUGACUCAAUGUUGAAGACUCUGGUGCCACAGCCUCAACUACCGGUGCUAUAUACGUGUCAUGAGCUUGAGGGACUUCCUUCGUGUUUUCAGUAACGGACUGUAUAGUUCGAUAA